AUGUUGUUGCAACCUCAACAAGAUGUCAAUGCUCUGUUGCACAACAUGCGUGCACAGAUCCUGGCAUUGACCACACAACUCGCCGAGUUGCAGGAGAACCCCCCUGCAGCAGCCCCCUUAGUAGAAAAGAAGUUCAAUAAGAAAGUUGAGAUCGUUGCUGACCCUGGCGCUUUCAAAGGAGAGCAGGCUCGAUUUGCAGAAUGGUGGAUCAAGCUUCAAAUUUGGAUAAAAGCAAACUGGGAUGCGUUCACCGACGACUUUGAGGAGUGCUACACCGCAGGAGUGUGGCCUUCCUGGGAUGAUCUCAAGGUAGAAAUCAAAAAAUACUUCAAACUGCAAGCUGAGCGUGACUGGGCGCGCCAGCAAAUUUGA